AUGGCUGCCCCAAAAGGUUACCUACUUUUCUACAAUAUCGUCAGUGCGCUGCUCUGGCUCCGCAUUCUCCUCACCGUCAUCACAUUGUACUGGGAUCCCCAGAUAUACACCAGCAUAGAACCAUGGACCAGAUGGACACAGACGCUAGCUGUGCUUGAAGUCCUGCACGCCGCAACAGGCAUCACACGAUCUCCAAUCUUCACCACCUUUACUCAGAUUUUCGCGCGCAGCGUGCAAGUCUGGGCUAUCAACUAUGGCUUCCCAGAAGUGACGGCAUCUUCAGCCGCUUACCCGGCCAUGCUCUUCGCAUGGUCCACCGCUGAUGUCACCCGAUACCUCUAUUUUUCAGUGCUACUAGCAGGGAAUCCAGUACCCCGGGCUCUAAAGUGGCUGAGAUAUUCGCUCUUCCUUGUACUCUACCCAAUUGGGAUCGGUAGCGAAUGGUGGCUGAUGUACCGCGCAACUACCGUAACCACUAACCUUCUCAUUUGGGGAAUCUUGUAUUUCUUCCUCGGCUUAUACGCUCCGGGUUCCGUCAUGAUGUAUUCAUAUAUGGUUAGGCAGCGGCGGAAGACGCUCUCAAAAUAA